AUGCCCAAUAUUCGCAAGAGGCGGUUUCCAUACACAACGGUCGCGUGCGGCAAUUGCCAGCGACGGAAGACAAAGUGCAGCGGCGAGAAGCCAUGCAAGUCCUGCAACGACAGCGGAGUCAACUGCGUCUAUGAGCGAAGCUCGCGGUUUCGAUCUGGCUCAAGCUCUGGCUCCCGCCCAUGCCUCAUAACCACCAGCGGCCGGCGUGGCCGUGAGAAAUCACUCACACAGCCCCCGCAGCCCAGCAGUUCAGAUUACUAUUUGCGCCUGGCAGAGAAGCGCCUGAUUGCCCUGAGCCCAGAGCAGAGCGAUUCAAGACAGGACUGCCCGCUUGAGGUACAUAGCGUUGGCACCUCUUCUGUGAGGCGGCUCGUUGAGCACCGCCGCAAAGGCUCACCAGGGGGUGUUCUGGCCGUGUUUGAUACACGGACCUGGGUGAAUAUUCUCCGAAAGUAUAAUGAAGAAGUCGGGUUACAAUACCCUUUCGUUGAUCUGGAUGAGUUAAAACGGGAUAUUUGCAACCUGGCAACGUCCCCGUCAAGUCGCCAUGAGCGGCAAAAUGAGGAAGCGGAAAUGGCAGCGGCACAGGGCCUCAACCAGUUCCAUCCUGAGUCGCCCAAUGAGCAGAUAUGCAUACUCAUUCUGACCAUAAUAGCCACUCUGGCCGAGUACGACGCCACCAAGUUGGCCAAUCCCAUUGUGGAAGAUGUCUUCAAAGACGUCGCGAUCAAAACGCAACUCAAAAGCGUCAACGAAUCGGAUUUAUCGCUCCUGAUUUUAAUUAGUAUUUAUUUCUUCCUUAGUGAUCGGGAAAUUCUCGCAUGGCGAGGGAUCGGAAAUGCUCUCAGAUUGAUCCAGGAGCUGAACUCGACCAAUCGCGAAUCAUCCAGUGCAUUCCCACUAUCGUCAAGCCAGUCUAGUCAAGUGAGCGAGAAGCUUUUCUGGUCUGCGUAUACAUUGGACAGGCGUUGGAGCUUUGGAACCAACCUUCCAUUCGCAAUCCAGGAUUCGGAUAUUCACAGUGUACCUAGAUUCGAAGACGGAUCAUUAUCGUCAGUGUAUAUGAGACAGAUGAUAUUAUUCUGUGGCAUUGCCUCAGAGGUCCGUAACUGGCUGGCACCUAACCACGGUCAUGGUGCGGUAAAGUCACCUCUUCUUACAGGAGACUCAACCUGCGACUUUCUCAACUUCAGAGUUAUCCAAUGGCAACAGAACUUACCGGAAUGCAUCAGGUUUAUGGGUAUCCAAGAAAGUUUCGACUCAAAAAGAGAGAACAGGGGAGAGUAUAAGCUGCGUCUCACGGUAUAUUUGAGAGCCAACCUGAUGCGGACCGUAAUCUACCGGAAGUGGGCGUCGCGAACAGACCUCAGCAGCCAUACCACAACUGCAAACACAAUGAGAGAGAUUGCCCAAGACACAGUUCGAGUGUUGGUCAAACUCGCUCGUGAAACAGACAUAUACCGAUCCCAACAGCGUACCUUUAAUCACUUUCUCGAAACAGCACUCUCAUCAUUAUUACUGACGCUAUGCUCUGCCGAGAGCAUUGGAUCCCGGAAUAGAGGCAGUGUCAACAAUCCUACAAGAAGAUCCUGCCUACACGAUAUUCGGUCAGCCAUGGAGCUCGUGGCGCAGUUAUCCGUGACAUCCCCCAUCACACUUCGACUUCAAGAGAAAUUGAAAGGGAUUAGAGGUGUCCUCGAAGAGAUUGAGGCUCGGGACUAUGCUUCUCCCUGUGAUAGCACAACUAUCCAGAAUCGCUGGGAUCUUUCAGAAGCAGACGAUCUGGAACAUUCAACAACCCAAGGGGGAGAUCUUCACCCACCCGCCUUGAAUAGCCCGGAGGGAUCUCAAGCCGCCCGUCUACCUGAUGGUAGAACACCACGGACAGUCAGAACUCCUCAGCCUCCAUCUUUGGAAUCGCUAUUUACAAGCGUUGGAGACUAUGAAAGCAUGUCUAACCCUGCUAUACGGCCGGUCAGUUUGAAGGGGCCAGCAGAAGACGAACAAGGCGGUGAUCAAAUUGAGCAACGCGUGGGUUGGCUACCCUCUGACAUGUAUACACCACAGGCGAUGGAUUGUGCUAUUGACGAUUUCUAUCUGCAGCGAUACCCCGAACUGGGGGAUAUGUUGAAAGACUAUGAGAGUUUCACCUUCUAG